AUGAAGAUAUCCGCACUCGUCGCCUCUCUGGCCGUCGCCGGCUCUGCCGUUGCGGCACCUCCAGCCGGAUCCAAGCCCUUUGGAAUCAUGUCUCUACGCUCUGCCAGCCCAAUCCAUUUCGGCCAGGUUAGCGCUGCCCACGGCAGUAUUCGCAUCAACCAACAGAACCAGGACGCCGUAUGCAAGGUUAAGCACGGAGAGAAGCCACCCACCACCGCUACCUUCUACAUCAAAGAUGAGAUCCUCUACUUGUACACUGGAAAGGGCUUGAUACAGAAGGUCUUCACCGAUCGUUCUGGAUUUGGCCAAGGCGUCACUGGCUAUCUCACUGGCGACGGGCCCCUCCCGAAUCGUUUUGAGGACAAGGGCUGGAUGGUCGACGGCAACGGCAACCUCAGUUUCAAGGGUCAGGGCCUCCUUGCCUGUCCCACCUCUGUCCCUGGCGGCGGCUGGUCGAUCUGGAUUUCUGGCAACAAUCCUAACCCAGGCGGACACACGGGCUGUCUAGGAUUCAGCCCACGCACCGUACCAUUGAAGCACCCGGUUCGCUGCGAAUACAGCCAACAGUAG